AUGGUCGCACAGAGAAAUGCGGCCUUCGCCGAAGAGAGCGCUGAGGUGGAGGUGUUAUAUGCCAACCUGGAGAAGCUCAAGCUCCUCACCAAGAAGAUCCAAGGCUCCCUUGUACGCCUUGAAACCGGAGGAAACGUCGUGAAACAUGCGAUCGGCCCUAUCUACAGCAACACGCAGUCUCUGCAAACCACGAAUAGCAAUAUCGAUAAGAUCAAUGAAGCCAUAGAUCGCCUCCGAAAGCCACUCGACGCGAAGAACCGUGAGGAAGGCAUUAUCCGGGCUGGGCCACAAACCGAAGCUUUAUCACAAUAUUUGGAGGCUAUGAAACGCGUGGACCAUGCAUUGGUGGACCUGACCUCGACUAACCUGAAAUCAAACCAAAAAGCAAUUAGCGAAUUCACAUCUCUAUUGGGCAUUGGGAAUACAAAACUACAAGACUUGCUGCGACUCAAACUGGGCCAGCAUAUCACUCCUAUUGAGCCGUUACACUACUUGACAAAAGAUCUUUCAUUCCCAUCAAUCCCCGACGAGAAGAUAGCAGAGAUAGGACCUAUUUGUGCUGCUAUUAGCUCUGCAGCUGUACAUACUCCCCAUCGCGGUGAAGGCGGUAGCCCUGCCCUCAAGAUUUACGCCGAUAUUCGCGGACCAUACAUCACAACGAGUUCACAGAAUCUUGCCAUUGCAUCGCUGAACACAAUGAAACGGAGGGCUGCCGACGGUCCGUACAAGCAGGGCACAAAUGGCAUCGGAAUCUACUCAAAUGCGUUGGAAAACUUCAUUUAUGCGGAAUACGAAGCCAUCACGCAGAUCUUCACUGGGGAUCAUAAGGGCUUGGCGUUGCAAAUGACUUGCCGUUCUGCGAUGGGUGAAUACUCAAAAACCCUUCGAGAGCUCAAUCAGUAUAUUCGAGCAAACCUCAUGACGGAUUGUUUUCUGGCGUUCGAGAUCAUAGAGAUCGUGACAGCUAUGUCCUACCGGGUUGACGCGAAGACAGGCGAGCUCAAGAGUCUGUUCAUCGAAGCCCUGAGACCUGUCAGGGAAACUGCCAAAUCAUCGCUUUCAGAGCUGCUUGAAGAAACCAAGCGCAAGGCCGCCAGUAUACCCAUGCUUCCACCAGAUGGCGGGUCCGUGCCUCUUGUCAAUGAGGUCAUGAGCUCGCUAAUUACCUUGACUGGCUAUUCCGGACCUCUCGCUUCUAUCCUAACCUCCUUAGGAGACGGAAAUUGGCGCUCGACGUCCAAUACUUCAUCAGCUACUCCUCUGGAUGUUAGUCCCGACAGCUCAACGCUCUUGUCGCACUUCAUUUUGGAUAUGAUUGAAGCGCUUAUGAUCUCACUUGAGUCCCGAAGCCGGGCAUUGCACCGGUCAAAGGCUGUGCAGGGUGUUUUCCUCUCAAAUGUCUUCUGUAUCGUCGACCGCUCAAUCCGAUCGAGCCCAGAGCUAGCGAAAUACCUUGGGUCUGCAGACAGUAUAUCGAGGAUUGAUACUUUCCGCAAACGAGCUACCUCAACAUAUCUCGAUGCCUGGAAGGAGACGUCGCACUACCUCCUUGACGUCCAAUAUACAUCUCGGACCGGUGGUGGCCGCCCUCAAUCCGGCGGCGUUGUCGAUUCCAGCGCGAUCGUCAAAUCUCUCUCCUCGCGUGAUAAAGAUGCUAUCAAAGACAAAUUCAAAUCCUUCAAUACGAGCUUUGACGAGUUGGUCGCACGCCACAAAGCUCUUUACAUGGAGAGGGAAGUGCGCAGUGUGCUGGCUCGCGAGGUGCAAGCGGUACUCGAGCCACUGUAUGCGCGAUUCUGGGACAGGUACCACGAAGUUGAUAAGGGCCGCGGCAAGUAUGCCAAGUAUGACAAGGGCAGUCUGGCUGCCCAGCUCUCGGCACUACAGUGA